AUGGCAGUCCAAACCAGAGGCCACGCCGGCCACGGCCACGGCCACCAUCACCACCAUCACGACAACGUGUACCUAACCUCCUCAAACAAAAAGGAUGCCGGCGUGCGAAUCACUCGAAUCGGGUUAUUCGUCAAUCUGGCAAUGGCAAUUGGCAAAUUCGUCGGCGGCUACAUCUUCCAUUCUCAGGCACUAAUUGCAGAUGCCUAUCAUGCAUUGACGGAUUUGGUGUCCGAUUUCAUGACCCUGGGCACUGUCUCCUGGUCGCUCAAACCACCCAGCGAGCGAUUCCCCAACGGAUAUGGCAAAGUAGAGAGUUUGGGGGCGCUAGGGGUGAGUUCGUUGUUGCUUUGUGGAGGCGUGUUUAUGGGAUUGGAUGCUACACAAGCUCUGCUCUCUCAAUUUGCGCCGCAAGCGUUUGAGGCUUUGGAGCAUGCUGGGCUAUUGUUUCAUGGCCAUUCCCAUAGCCAUGAUCAUGGUGCUGAAGUGCUGGGGCCCAACAUCAAUGCUAUUUGGUUGGCGGCGGGUUCAAUUGUAGCCAAAGAAUGGCUAUAUCGGGCUACAAUGAAAAUCGCACAAGAACGAAAAUCGUCCGUCCUCGCCUCAAAUGCAGUCCACCACCGCAUCGACUCGUUGACGAGUCUCGUCGCAUUGGCCACAAUCGGAGGCGCACACAUUUUCACCAAUGCAGCAUGGCUCGACCCCGUCGGGGGAUUGAUCAUUUCCUUAAUGGUGAUUAAUGCAGGAUGGACAAAUACGAAAACAGCUCUGUUGGAGCUUGCGGACACUACCAUUGACGAAGAAAUAAAAGACUCUGUCCGAAAGGCAGCUACAAAAACACUCGCCAAGUCGAGCACAAACCAGGAUAUUCAGAUUCGAGAUAUUCAAGGCCUAAAGUCGGGACAGAAUUAUCUGGUAGACAUUGAAGUUGGAGUCACGGGAUCCAUGACUGUACAGCAAUCUCGCGAGAUUGAGGCGAUUCUACGAACGGGCGUUGGCGCCAAGGUGCGCGGUGUGCGUCGCGUCAAAGUGCGAUUCGUGCCUAGUGAGGUGGAGGGUGUCGACUUUGCUGAGGAGUUUAUUCCUGGUGAUGUUAGUCCGAGGGCUAGUCCUGAGCCUGAAGAAAAUGGGCAUGAGCAUGAGCAUCAACACAAUGGGGAGGUGCAUAAAAGGCGUUGA